UUAAUAUUUUCUAAAAACCAUAGAGUUCGUCUAAUUCUGUACGAAGGUUCAUCGCGCGUUAGUCUUUCAUAACCUACAACCGGCGGAAGAUCACGUUUUUGUGCGGUCCCGGCGAGAAUUUUCGAGAAUCAAGGUUGGGAUUUCUUUUUGAAGUACUGUAAUACUAUUCCAAUCAACACAAAAAUGUUGCGCCUACCACGUGUUGUUCGCCAAACUGUUUCAUUCCACAAAAAUCACCAACUUGCAAGAUUUUACGCCAAAGAUGUAAGGUUCGGCGCUGAUGUAAGAGCCCUCAUGUUGCAGGGCGUCGAUAUCCUCGCAGACGCCGUUGCAGUUACAAUGGGCCCUAAAGGUAGAAAUGUUAUUUUAGAACAGUCUUGGGGCUCACCAAAGAUUACAAAAGACGGUGUGACAGUUGCCAAAGGUGUCGAACUCAAAGACAAGUUUCAGAACAUCGGCGCUAAAUUAGUUCAAAAUGUAGCAAACAACACAAAUGAGGAGGCAGGAGACGGCACAACAACAGCCACAGUUCUCGCCAGAGCUAUUGCUAAGGAGGGCUUCGAAAAAAUCUCGAAGGGUGCUAACCCUAUUGAAAUAAGAAGAGGAGUCAUGCUAGCAGUAGACGCCGUCAAAGACAAGUUGAAGGUUAUGUCAAAGCCCGUCACAACACCCGAGGAGAUCGCACAGGUGGCUACCAUCUCCGCCAACGGUGACACCGCAAUUGGGCAGCUCAUUGCUGAUGCCAUGAAGAAGGUCGGCAGGGACGGUGUCAUCACAGUCAAGGAUGGCAAAACACUCGUAGAUGAACUUGAAGUUAUUGAAGGUAUGAAGUUUGAUAGAGGUUACAUUUCACCAUAUUUCAUCAACUCUUCCAAAGGGGCCAAAGUUGAGUUCCAAGACGCUUUGGUUCUAUUCUCUGAAAAGAAAAUCAGCAAUGUUCAGACAAUCAUCCCUGCUCUGGAAUUAGCUAACCAGCAGAGAAAGCCACUGGUCAUUGUAGCUGAGGAUGUUGAUGGUGAAGCUCUGUCCACAUUGGUUGUCAACAGGCUAAAGAUUGGUCUACAAGUAGCAGCUGUGAAGGCUCCAGGCUUUGGAGACAACCGCAAGGCUACACUUAGUGAUAUGGCAAUUGCCACUGGUGGUGUAGUGUUUGGAGAUGAUGCAAACCUCAUAAAAUUAGAAAACCUCCAGGCAUCAGACCUCGGCCAAGUGGGUGAAGUUGUUAUUACAAAGGAUGACACCCUAUUCCUCAAAGGUAAAGGCAAAAAAUCUGACAUUGACAGAAGAGCUGAACAGAUCCGUGACCAAAUCCAGGAAACUACCUCAGAAUAUGAAAAGGAAAAAUUACAAGAACGUCUGGCCCGUCUUGCAUCUGGUGUUGCCGUACUGCAUGUUGGUGGCUCCAGUGAAGUUGAAGUCAAUGAGAAGAAAGAUCGUGUCAAUGAUGCCUUGAAUGCCACCCGGGCUGCAGUUGAAGAAGGUAUUGUACCUGGAGGUGGUUCUGCUCUGCUCAGAUGUAUCCCGGAACUUUCUGCACUUAAGACAGCCAACAGUGACCAAGCUACAGGUGUGGAGAUUGUAAAGAAGGCCCUCAGAAUGCCAUGUAUGACAAUCGCGCGCAAUGCUGGAAUUGAUGGUUCUGUUGUUGUUGCUAAAGUUGAGGACUUGGGACCUGAAUUUGGAUAUGAUGCUCUUAACAAUGAAUAUGUGAACAUGAUUGAGAAGGGUAUCAUUGACCCCACAAAAGUAGUAAGGACAGCACUCACUGAUGCCAGUGGAGUAGCAUCUCUCCUCACCACCGCUGAAGCAGUGAUCUGUGAAAUUCCUCAAGAGAAGGAGCCUAACCCCAUGGCAGGCAUGGGAGGUAUGGGUGGCAUGGGUGGCAUGGGAGGAAUGAUGUAAUUUGCUAAGGACUUAAAUAUGCAUUUAUUGUGUAAAGAACUGUUACAAGUAGUUAUUCACUGUUAUGGGUAUUGCAAUGAUAUCUGGUAGUCUGAUUGAUUUUAUACAAAUUGUGGAGUGAAUGUGUUUCCCAGUUUUAUGUUUGAGUCUGAUAAUUUACAAAUAUAGAAAGGCA